AUGAUGGUUCAGGCAGCCAUGCCAACCAGAAUCCGCUCCCUUGAUCUCCUAGACGAAGCAGCGAUGGAAGAUUGUGUGGUUCUGUGGGUGGCUAUUCGCUCUCCCGUUGGUCUUGUCAACGAUCGGGAUUUUUGUUUGGUGUUUCAUUUUCGCAAGACCCAAUGCCCUUUGACAGGCAAUGUUAUUGCAUUGACAAAUUUCUUCAGCAUUAUGCAUCCAUCAGUGCCAGACAUGGAAAGAGCUUUGGAUCGAGUUCGGGGCGAAAUCAUUAUGGGGGGCUACAUCAUGCGCCCUAAGCCGGACGACGAUAGUCAAUUCUGUCUGCAGUACAUGAUUCAAUAUAAUGACCCGAAAGGGGCGCUUCCAAAUGCUGUCGUUAAUGCAGUAAUCCUCUCUCAGGGGCUCAACGCGGGAAGGUUCCGAGAAUACACCUGGAAGAUGACGAAAAUGGCGUGGGAUCUGACCAAAGGGAGAAUCCCCAUUGGAUGCUACGACGUGAGGCGCGGUGCAAAGACAGAGCACAGGUUGCAGCUUAGAGUAUCAGGGGACCAGUUUCCUGUGAAUGCAAACACAUUACGGACAUUCAAGUUUCAAGUCGCUGUCCACGCUUCAUUUACUGUUCUCAUGAAGCUCUCCACCAACGAUGCCAAUGGUGUACCUUUGCCCGUCACUAUUAGACGGAGCGAUCAAUCCGACGCUAUGGCCAAGGUGUUCGCUGGGGGGAACACAGUUGCGUUUGGGUGGAACGGGUUUCAUAUGUUUCACGCCACGCUGUUGAUGGCUGUGGAAGGUCCUCUUCCCGAAUUUCUCACGUUGAGAUUUCGAAAUACGCUGUGGCGGCAAAACCACGUAUACGUGCCUGCAAUCACUGAGCUGACGCAGGUUACAACCCCGGAACCAUCCCUAAGUGGCAAUAGCAUGGUCUCCAGUGGUCGGGGGAAGUCACCAAAGUUCCGAAGAGCUUUAACUCCAAGUGACCGAAGUACUGAUUGA